AUGGCGGGAGAAUACAGAGGAGAUAAAACUGGUCAAAGAAUACUACUUCCGGCAUCUUUUAUUGGGGGCCCAAGAGAUAUGCGAAGGCGGUAUAUGGACGCAAUGGCUUUGGUUCAGCAUUUUGGAAGAUCUGAUCUUUUCAUAACAAUGACGUGUAAUCCUGAUUGGGUUGAGAUCCAACGAGAACUGGGCGCUGGUCAAACUCCUCAAGAUAGACCCGACUUGGUGACAAGAGUAUUUAGAGCGAAAUUGCAGGAUCUAAAAGACCAAAUUUUCAAAAAAGAAUAUUUGCAAUUGUUGCGGCACAUGUAUUUGUGGUAG